ACAAGGGAAGGGAGGUGGGAGGUACAGUCCAGGGAGGUAGGUAGGUUUCUUCGCUUGUCCACUCUGCUCCUUUGGUUCUUCCGCCUCCCUCGUGUGCUUCAUUUCCGCGCGCCUGUUCGCAAUCCCGGCUCCGCGCUCCCCGCUUCCGCUCUCCGCGUUUUGUCCGCAUCCCCUACCGCCGCGUCCCUUAUUAGUUCUCCGUCCUUAGCUUUUGUCGCCUCGACCCCGAAUCGCAUCCCGAAGCUCGCUCCCGAAACUCGCAUUCUUAGGGUCGCAUUCCGAAGCUCGCAUCUCGAAGCUCGCAUCCCGAAGCAGCUCGCCAAACACAGCUGCGUCGUUGGAAUGUCCUUAGUCAAGAAGUGACACAAUGGGGGUUUAACUCAAUGGGGAGCUUCUUAACGGGUAGUGACACCAUGGGCAGUGACGUAAUCGGUAGUGACGUAGUGGGGAGUGACGUAAUCGGAAGUGACGUGAUGCGGGGUGACGUAGCGCGGAGUGGCGUAGUGCGGAGUGACACAAACGGGGGCCUGUUCCGGCCUAUUUUAGGAUGGCAGUGGCGGCGGCGGCAGCGGCAGGAGCGGCUAUGUUGCGUUUGCGCGCUCGUGCUCCUCUUGCUCGCGCCGACCAUGCAGUACCAUCGGCAGCACCCGCUGCGGCACCCGCUGCGGUCUCAGCUUCCGCAGCAGCGCCUGCCGCGGUAUUCGUCUGGCGCCAUGGCGUCUUGGGGCACGCGCGUCUUCCCGCCUGAUUGGCAAGCCCUCGUGGCUCUCAGGGACCAGACGACCUUUGUCAACCCCAGCCGCAGCCCCCAGGCGUUCUGGAAGAGUGGGGAUAACUGCGAGGCUCUGUACGGGGUGGUGUGCGACAUCAACGGAUUUGUUACUGCGCUCACCCUAGUGGGAGUGGUGGGGCCCCUCCCAAGCGCCGUUGGCAACCUCCCAUCACUCUCAUUCCUUUCCAUCGGCAGCAACGUGACCAGCCUUCCCUCCACACUAAUACAGCUCAGCUCCACCCUCACUGCUCUCCACUUAGGCUUCAAUAACAUUCCUGGAACCUUCCCUUCCUCCGUGACGAGGCUGCUGCAGCUGCGCACACUCAACUUGGCUCAGAAUCAGCUCACAGGCAGCAUCCCCACUGGCCUUGCCAAACUCUCCCGCCUUGCCUUCCUUCGCUUGGACGGCAAUAAGUUUCAGGGCUCCAUCCCGUCCCAACUCUACUCCCUCACUAACAUCUCCUACCUCUCCCUUCGGUCCAACCGACUCUCGGGCGGCAUUGCCCCUCUAAUCUCUCGACUCCAAGCCCUGCAAUUACUGGACUUGAGGGACAACAUGCUGACGUCAUCCAUCCCAUCCACUCUGGCUGCAUGCUCCAAGCUCUUCUGGCUCUAUUUUACCAACAAUCGCCUGUCGGGCUCCAUCCCUGCGACAAUGAGUAGACUGACGAGGCUCAGAUACCUGUUCCUCGACUCCAACCGUCUCUCGUCCUCUCUCCCUCUGUCCCUCACUGCCCUCUCCAUGCUCUCUUACCUUACUGUCAGCAACAACACCCUCUCGGGUCGCAUCCCUCCUGCCCUCAACUCCCUCUCUUACCUUGAGUACCUCCAAUUGGAUCGCAACAAAUUUGUGGGCGACAUUCCGACCUCCCUGGUCAACCUUCCUUAUCUCUUUCACCUAGACCUCUCCCGCAACCAACUUAACGGCACGGUUCCUGACAUCUUUCCUGCUGGCAAUGGGUUAAACACCUUAGACAUGUCUUAUAACAGGCUCAGUGGUGUGCUGCCUUGCACCGUCUCUACAUGCACAUCACUUGUGUCACUUGACGUCAGCAACAACGCCCUCAGUGGGAGGCCAGCAGAAUUAGUCAGCAAGCUGCAGUCACUGGCAUACCUCAACCUCUCGCGCAACUACUUCACCGGUCCUCUUCCCCGCGUGUAUUCAGCCCCUGCCAUCUCGCUGCUCGACCUCUCCCGCAACUACUUCUUUGGUCCGGCAAGCAUCGUCGACACCCAGGGCACGCCGCUGAUCUCCCAAACCUCCGCGCCAGGCACGGGAACCAUCCAGGGGUCCGGACCUGCAGGUUCGGUGGCGCUGAGCGUUGGGAGGAACUGCCUUGUGUAUGAGACGGGGGGGACUGGGGGAACGACAGGAACGGGGUCGACGCUGAGUCUUGAAGGGCAGCGGAGUGAGAGUGACUGUAGCUUGUUCUGCCGAACCGGGCUGAGUGGUUCGGCAACCGAAGCUGAGAGCAUGCAGUGCGGAGGCUCGGGAGUGUGCGUUGCCAAGGCGGUAACCAGCAAGUCGCCGCCGACGGUUACAUUCGCAUGCUCCCCAACACCUCCCUUGCCCAGAAGCCCCCCUCCACAGCCCCCCCCCUCUCCACCACCACACCCACCGCCCUCCCCUCCCCCCGUCCCUCCUCCCUUUCCACCCCCCUCUCCCCCUCCCCCUCUCCCCUCCCCCUCUCCCCCUCCCUCCUCUCCCCUCCCCCUCUCCCCCUCCCCACUCUCCCCCUCCCCCCUCUCCCCUCCCCCUCUCCCCCUCCCCCUCUCCCCCUCCCCCGUCUCCCCCUCCUCCCUCACCCCCCCUCCCUCAUCCCCUGACUCCCCGCCUCCCCCUUCCUCUCCCCUUUCCCCCCCAUCACCCCCUUCCCCCCCUGUCUCCUCACCUCCCCCUUCCCCUCCCCUUUCUCCCCCCUCACAACCCUCCCCUACAACCUCUCCUCCUCCCUUACCCCCCCCCGCUCCCUCUCCCCCUCCACCCUCCCCUCCCCCACCCUCCCCUCCUCCCGCUCCCCCCUCUCCUCCACCCUCCCCACCUCCCCCCCCUUCCCCUCCUCCUCCCCCAAGCCCACCCCCAUCCCCUCCACCUCCCCCCGCCCCUCCCCCCCGCCAACUGGCUGCUUCUGGAACGGCAGCAAGUUUGUUUGCAAUGGGAAGGUGUAACAGAAUCUCGGGCAGGUGUAGGAAAGCCUCGCGCAGGGGUAGGAGAAUCUUGGACAGGUGUAAGAGAAUCUCGGGCAGGUGUAGCAGCAACGGGGACGACCUGUACCUGCAGCAUUAACACGUGGGGUAGCUGUAGCAGCAGGGAGGCAGCUGUAGCAGCAGGGAGGCAGCUGUAACAGCAGGGAGGCAGCUGUAGCAGCAGGGAGGCAGCUGUAACAGCAGGGAGGCAGCUGUAGCAGCAGGGAGGCAGCUGUAGCAGCAGGGAGGCAGCUGUAGCAGCUGGGAUGCAGCUGUAGCAGCUGGGAUGCAGCUGUAGCAGCAGGGAGUUGCUGUGAAAGGGUUGGGGAAGUUGCACUUACAGCAGUAAUGACUGGGGCAGGUGGGAUCAGGGACAGGGUCUGCAGUAGCGAUCAAAGGCAGUUGCUAUGGGGGAAGCUGUAGCAGCAACAGCAGUUCCAAGUGGGGUUGUUGUAGCAGGAGCAGCAGCAACGACAGCAGCUGGGCCAGUGGUAACAGAAAAAACUGUAACAGUAACUAAUGUUAGACUGACUCGCGGCAAAGAAAUGCUUUGACUGGCUGUGUAAUAGGGCGAGUUGAGUGUGGCUCGUCACUCAGCUUCCUUGAUUGGGCGGGUUGCAUAUUUAGCAGUGCAGCCUACGCCCAUGUUUUGGUUAGGUUUUGAAAAAGUGCCGCACAUUUACACAAUGCUAAUGUAUGCUAGCUACCUUUCAAGAUUCUGCGUCCUUGUUGAGCUAUUGU